ACCAACUGGUCCAUAAUUGGAACUUGCACUAAGAUGCAUUUCAGUGUGGCAGAUCCUUAAAGGGUCACUGCAAGUCUUAACAGGGAUUAGGGUCUCUUCAAAGAUCAAAGAGAUCAUGGGUAAUGCACAUUUUGAUGGGAAGUGCACAAGCCGCUUGGGUAAUAAUGUAUUGCAAAUUGCUAAACUGCUUACAGUAUAUUGCAUGAGUGAAUGUUAAUGGGAAAUCCUUUGUAAAAAUCAAGAGUUGUGCAUAUAAAAAGGCAAGCGAAACUAAAAUAUGACAGUAAGGGACGUGACUAGGAAAUGAUUCCAUACAGUUGUUUAAAAUGUAAAAUUUGUAAGUUUGUAACCAGAGUUGCAUAAAUGAAAUUACUCUACCCAGUUUUGGGGAAUUUCCCCCUUCCCACCAGAGCCCCAGAUGACACAGCCCGUAAUAUUUUGUAUUCCCUGAUCUUUUGGUGAGCUUUCUGGGAGAACAAGGAAAAGAUCAGCUGUGCUAGAAUGCCUUAUCUUAAGGCAACGUUGGAUGUAACCCAUAACCAAUGUGGUGUCCUCUGGAUCUUUUGGACGACUUCUGCAGUAUCUGGAGGACAUCAGGUUGGCUACUGUAGGAUAUAAUUUAAUUCAAGCUUCCUCAACCUCGGCCCUCCAGAUGUUUUUGGCUUACAACUCCCAUGAUCCCUAGCUAGCAGGACCAGUGGUCAGGGAUGAUGGGAAUUGUAGUCUCAAAACAUCUGGAGGGCUGAGGUUGAGGAAGCCUGAUUUAAUUCAUGCUUAGUUGAAGGUAAGGCUAAUUGAAUUCAGUGGACUUUAAUUGCAAGAAGAAAGGUGUAGGAAUGGGAUGCAAAUAUGGUUGCACUACUUAGAAACACUAGCUAUAUAAAACUAUAAACAGUAUUGUAAACUGCAGUUUUGCACAACUGGCAGUUUUGUUACCUUGCUGAGAUGUGACUUCAGACUACAGGGUAUCAUGUUUUAUUUAUUUUAUUAUACUCUGCCCUUAAACUGGUUUUCAGAACAGGUUAUAGGAAAUUAAAACUGCAGUAAAGUAAAUGUGCAAUCCAGCCUCCCUUUUGCACCUGACAGACAGGAAGGAUUAGAUUUCCUCUGCCUGGCCCUACUGCUUCUGUCCACUGAAACAGCAGAAUGGCUGUUGAUGGUGGGUGUGGGGACAAUGGAGACUGGGAAGGUCGCUGGAACCAUGUAAAGAAGUUCCUCGAGCGAUCUGGACCUUUCACACACCCUGAUUUCGAGCCAGGCACUCAACCCCUUGACUUUCUCUUAAACACGUGUAAAGUUCUAGUUAUUGGAGCAGGAGGAUUAGGAUGUGAACUCCUCAAAAAUCUGGCGUUGUCUGGUUUUAGGCAGAUUCAUGUCAUUGACAUGGACACCAUUGAUGUAUCUAACCUGAAUAGGCAAUUUUUGUUUCGACCUAAAGAUGUUGGACGGCCAAAAGCAGAAGUUGCUGCUGAAUUUCUAAACAGCCGAAUUCCCAAUUGCGCUGUUGUACCACAUUACAAAAAAAUUCAAGAUCUAGACGACACUUUCUAUAGACAAUUUCAUAUAAUUGUAUGUGGCUUGGAUUCAAUAAUUGCAAGAAGAUGGAUAAAUGGCAUGCUGAUUUCACUUUUAAACCAUGAAAAUGGGGUGUUGGAUCCAAGUUCCAUUAUACCUUUGAUUGAUGGAGGAACUGAAGGCUUUAAAGGAAAUGCUCGCGUGAUUAUUCCUGGCAUGACAGCUUGUAUUGAAUGUACACUUGAACUUUAUCCACCACAGGUAAAUUUUCCUAUGUGUACAAUUGCUUCAAUGCCUCGGCUACCAGAACAUUGCAUUGAAUAUGUCAGGAUACUGCAGUGGCCCAAGGAACAACCUUUUGGAGAAGGUGUUGCUUUAGAUGGAGAUGAUCCUGAGCACAUACAGUGGAUUUUUGAAAAGUCUUUAGAAAGGGCAGCACAGUUUAAUAUUAAAGGUCUUUCCUACAGGCUCACACAAGGGGUUGUAAAGCGGAUCAUUCCAGCUGUAGCUUCUACAAAUGCUGUCAUCGCAGCUGUAUGUGCCACUGAAGUCUUUAAAUUAGCCACAAGUGCAUACAUGCCUCUGAACAACUAUUUGGUAUUCAAUGAUGUAGAUGGACUGUACACAUACACAUUUGAAGCCGAAAAGAAGGAGAACUGUCUGGCUUGCAGUCAGCUCCCUCAAAACAUAGAAUUUUCUCCGUCAGCUAAACUUCAGGAAGUCUUGGAUUAUUUAACAAAUAGUGCUUCAUUGCAAAUGAAAUCUCCUGCAAUAACAGCCACCAUGUAUGGAAAAAAUAAAACCCUUUAUAUACAGUCAGUAGCUUCUAUUGAAGAACGAACAAGGCCGAAUCUUUCAAAGACUUUAAAAGAGCUUGGACUUGUUGAUGGCCAAGAACUUGCAGUUGCAGAUGUCACUACACCACAGACUGUGCUCUUCAAACUUCAUUUUACUACUUGAUAUAAAUGCAAGUGUUGUAAACAUGCACUGAAAAAAAUCUUGCACACCUUGUAGAACUACCAUUGUGCACUAAGAGGAGGGAAGAUGAAACAGCCAGACCUUAUCCCUGUUAAUACAAGCAUUGAUGGAAGUUAGUUUAUCCAGGAUAAAUUGCUCUUAUUUUAGAACUGUCUUUGCAAACCAAUAUUUGGUUGAUGUUAUCUGUAUAAAAGCUCACUCAUGUACAGAAAUCUGAUGUGUAUAGCAAGCAAUAACUUUUUCAAUUUGUAAUCACUCUAAAAAAUGUCAAUACCCCUUUGUGCAUGUGGAAAUGUCAUGAUGGUCAAUGCAAUAGUUCUUGAAGCACCUAUGAAGUCUCUGAAUGUACAUAAAUAACAAAGAUUUUAAAUUACAUUUUAGUAUCUAUGUAACAGUUCUUAGACUGAGGCAUUGGGCUGGCUAAACCAAAGUUUAGUAUUACAAGAAUGAGCAUGGGUGAGCCUCACGUUUGUGCUCCCGUUUCUUCUUUAGUUCAGCUCCAAGGAAGAGUUGAAAAGCUUUUGUUUCUGUUUUAGAUGAAUCACAAUUUACUGUGCUCUCCAAAACCCGGAAAAAUUGCAUUUAUCUGAAAUAUGGUUAGUGGAAAUCAGCCAAAUUCAAGCCAUAGUUUAUGAAGCUGACAUGUUUUCAUUUACCAUAGCUACAAUUAACCACUUUUUGGGAUUCAGAUGUACUAAACUAAUCUAAAACAAAGGCAUAAAGUUCUGAUCACUUGGACACCCCAGAGAAGAGAGAGAACACAAGCUUGAGGUUUGCUGUGCUUUGUAUUCUAUUGCUAAGCCAUGGUUUUGCAUUACUUGUGAAGUGGACUUAACAGACAGAGGGAAAUAUAUAUACAGCCCAAUUCUUUAUUUAAUAUGUCUUUAAGAAACUGACAGAUAUUAAGGAUUGCCAAAAGUUAAUGUAUUUUUUUUCAAAAUAUGGAAAUAUUGUUCUUAAAUCACCACCUGUUGAUAAAAAUUAAAUACUUCAUUUGUAUAUUUGCAAGUAUUAGCGGCUACUAUGCAUGGUGUUGCCCACUAAUAUUCAGGGUUGAUGUUAGGAUAUUUAUUAAUAAAAAAUUAUAUAAACAUA